AUGCCCCGCCUGCCCCCCCUCCCACCCUCCGCCAAGUGGGCCCACCACUUUCCCGCCUCUUCCCUCGCCCAUCCUCCAAAAGUCAACAACCUCCGCAAAGCCCCGCAUCGCUUGCUUCUCGCUUCGCCCACGCUCUGCGACCAAUUCGUGCGCGCCCUUGGGAUACGUCCGGGGGAAGUCAUUAUCGAGGGGUAUGCUGGCCCGGGGGCGCUGACGCGGAGUCUGGUCAGUGGGGGGAGGAGUGUAGAAGAAGGGAAAGCUUGGGAGAGGGAGCAAGGGCUGGAGGGGAAGAAGGCUGUAGGGAGUAAAAGUUCGACGGCGAGGAAGCCUGCGGAUGACUAUCCUAUAUGGAAAGACGACCUGCCUGCUACCGCGGGAUUGAAAGAGCCGACAGGAGAGCCAACGCUGAAACCAAAGCUGGUCAUGUCGACAGAGAGCUCGUACGAAAUUCUGAGACGGGGGCUAGACUAUCCUCUGCCUGCGGCGAGCCCACAGCUCCAGGCAGAGGGGUAUUUGGGCUACAAUGUGGCGCCAUCUAAACACCAAGACAAUCUGUUGCUAUCACACGCGACGCUGUAUUCCUGGGAAACGGUCCCCGCACUGCUGUCCAAUCCUCUGGUGCGUCCGCACCUCCCAGUGUGGGACCCGUCGGCUGCCGAAGAGGACCAAACGAAACGGCCGUGGAACGCACCGACACCGCAUAUAACGGUGGUACUCCAGGCGCCAGAUGGGAUGCUGGGUGAGCAGAUUACGACGCAGUGGAUCCGGUCAGUGGUGGGGGACAAUCAGAAACGGGCGUGGAUGUGGAAGUGGGGGAGGGUGCGGCUGGCACUGCUCUGUGGACGAAAUGUCUAUGACCGUUUGACGACGACGGCGCUUGAACGGAUGAACAGCAAGAUGAGCGUCAUGACCCGCGCCCUGUUCCAUGUCACGCCGCUGCCGCCGUACCACCACAUCCGCAACAUUGACAAGCGCAAUAUGGCCAAGAGCGACGUCCCUAUCAAACCCGUCAAGGAGCCCAAGUCCACGGCCACACCCGUCGGGAUCCCAGAAGAUAUCCCGCCGGCUGAAGGCUACCCGGAGGCGACCUUUGGUGCAGAGCGAACCGAGACGUACACCGCCGACUUUUUCCCUGGAGCGUACACCAGCAGCAAGGCGGUGUUGCCGCGUACGCCCUUGUUCGGGGUGCUGCUGACGCCUAAACUCGACUCGCCCAUCUCGAUGCACCGCCGGGACGCAUGGGAUUUCGUGCUCCGGCGAAUGUUUGUGCGCGAAUCGUGCACCGUGGAAGAGUCUAUUGGGAACCUCGCGUUCGGGGCGGAUAGUCUAUUGCCGCUCAUCGAGCAGGAUGAGGGAAUGGGGAUCCCUGUGAGCAGAAAGAGGGUGGUCAAGCAGCUGGAUGUGGAAGAGUGGGCGCGGAUUGUGGAGGUAUUCGACACGUGGGCAUUCCGGCCAGAGAGCCUGUUGAUGGACAAUUCAAUAGAGGAUGAGGUGAGCCGGCAGAUUGGACUCGACUAG